GAAGCGACCACGGAGUUCUAGGCCGUUGAGGGGCUGUCCAUUCCGGUGACCUUCUCUUCCUGCACUGGUCCCUCUCCUUGCCCAGCCGCCUUGUGCAGACAUGAACCCCAGCGACCCCAGCUACUCCUUGGCUUCGCUCUAUGUGGGGGACCUGCACCCUGAUGUGACCGAGGCCAUGCUCUAUGAGAAGUUCAGCCCCGCCGGGCCCAUCCUCUCCAUCCGGGUGUACAGGGACAGGACGACCCGCCGCUCGCUGGGCUACGCCUCUGUCAACUUCCAGCAGCUGGAGGACGCCGAGCGGGCCUUGGACACCAUGAAUUUCGAUGUGAUAAAGGGCAAGCCGGUCCGCAUCAUGUGGUCUCAGCGGGACCCGUCGCUGCGCAAAAGUGGCGUAGGCAACAUCUUCGUCAAAAAUCUGGACAGGUCCAUUGACAGCAAAGCGCUGUAUGAUACGUUUUCUGCCUUCGGGAACAUCCUCUCGUGUAAGGUGGUCUGUGAUGAGAACGGCUCCAAGGGUUAUGGGUUUGUACACUUCGAGACCCAGGAAGAAGCUGAACGAGCAAUUGAGAAAAUGAACGGGAUGUUCCUAAAUGAUCGCAAAGUAUUUGUGAGGCGAUUUAAGUCUCGCCGGGACAGGCAGGCUGAACUUGGAGCCAGGGCUAGAGAGUUUACCAAUGUUUACAUCAAGAAUUUGGGAGAAGACAUGGAUGAUGAGAGACUCCAGGGUCUCUUUGGCAAGUUUGGGCCUGCCUUGAGUGUUAAAGUCAUGACUGAUGACAGUGGAAAAUCCAAAGGGUUUGGAUUUGUAAGCUUUGAAAGGCAUGAAGAUGCACGGAAGGCCGUGGAUGAGAUGAACGGGAAAGACCUCAAUGGAAAACAGAUUUAUGUUGGUCGAGCUCAGAAAAAAGUGGAACGACAGACCGAACUGAAGCACAAGUUCGGACAGAUGAAGCAAGAUAAGCGCAAAGUUGAGCAGGUACCACCCCAAGACAGAAGCAUCAGAUGCCAAGGUGUUAAUCUUUAUGUGAAAAACCUUGAUGAUGGCAUUGACGACGAGCGUCUCCGGAAGGAGUUUUCUCCGUUUGGUACUAUCACUAGCGCCAAGGUUACCAUGGAGGGGGGUCGCAGCAAAGGGUUUGGCUUUGUAUGUUUCUCCUCUCCGGAAGAAGCCACUAAAGCAGUUACCGAAAUGAAUGGUAGGAUUGUGGCCACCAAACCACUCUAUGUAGCUCUAGCUCAACGCAAAGAGGAGCGGCAGGCUCACCUCAGUAACCAGUACAUGCAGAGAAUGGCAAGCGCCAACCCGGUCAUCAACCCUUUCCAGCCAGCCCAGGCUCCUUCAGGUUACUUCAUGACAGCAACACCACAGACUCAGAACCGUGGAGCAUACUCUGCUCCUAACCAAACUACGCAGCAGGGACCGAGUCCCCGUGGGAGUGCUCAGGGUGCCAGAGCUCAUUCGUUCCAAAAUAUGUCUAGUGCCAUCCACCCAUCUACUGUUCCAUCAUUUGGUAGUUCGGGACCAGCUUCCUCACAGGCUCUACGGAGUAUGCCAACACAUCGUGCAGCCAACACUUCCACGCAGAUGACGGGCCCACAUCCCGCCACUGCUUCUGUGGCAGCUGCUCCUGCUGCCCGCACAGUUCCCCAGUAUAAAUAUACCUCUGGAGUCCGCAAUCCCCCUCAGCAUCUUAACACACAGCCCCAAGUCACCAUGCAGCGGUCUGCUGUUCCUGUCCAAGGUAACAAAGCAUCUUUGACUGCCUCCAUGCUGGCGUCGGCUUCUCCUCAAGCGCAAAAGCAAAUGCUGGGGGAAUGGCUGUUUUCUCUCAUACAAGCCAUGCACCCUGCUCUAGCUGGUAAAAUCACUGGCAUGCUGUUGGAGAUUGAUAAUUUAGAACUACGCCACAUGCUUGACUCUCCGGAGUGUCUCCACGCCAAAGUUGAUGAAGCUCUAACUGUGCUGCAAGCCCACCAAAUGAAAGAGACUCCCCAGCAAGCGGCCGGCAGUGUCACUGGUGUCCCAACUGCUUAAAGGUGAGCAAAUGAAAGCAUGAAACUCCUGCUUCACUGAAGAACAUUAUCUGGACAUCGGAAAACUAUGGGGGGAAAAGAGAAGCAAAAUCGAAACUAAAUGAAAAGGGAAUGAGAAUCUUCUGUGCCGGGUCUGGUGAGCAAUGCAGGCCCCAAGAGCACUUGGCUUAAGACAACAGACGACAGAAACAGUGAAAUUUAAAAACAAACGAACAUUUUAUGGACUUUGGGGAAUUGAUUUCUUUUUUCAGCAAAGUGAAAAAAUGUAAAGCACCUCUUGAGUUGUAAUUCGAAUAGCUCCAGAUGUCAGUUCUAAGUAAUAGAAUUGAUAACUGAGCAAGGGAACACGAUUGGAUCAUAACAUUCUUGCUUUACUACAACUCCCUUUAAAGAGUAAGAGGGGAAAAGAAAGGUGUCACUGUUGCCUAGUAAGCCCUCUGAGACGCCAGGCAGGCUAUUGCUUGUGACCGACUAUUUCCACACACUUGUUGCCAUAAACAGAACACAUGCAGUCUGUAAUUCUCAACCCCAUCAAUUAGUGGCACCAAAAAAACCACCUUCAACUUAGAAACUUGUGUCUGUAGCACAAACUACAAAAAGUGAAUUGUUACAGCCAUAAAAGUUAUGUUCGUCAUCCUGGUUUCUUGGAGCUGUGUUUUGGCGGGAUAGAUGAGAAGGUAAAGACAAAAGUAUGAGGUCAUUAAAAACUAUACUAUACAAAAACACAGAGGCAGGAAGAGGGAAGGAGGGAGACCGGAGACAUGGAGAUAGAAGAGAUGGUUUGGAGGGAUUAGGGUUAAUGUGAUUUUUUUUCAGGCCCCAGAGAACCCAAACAGGAGAUUUCAGGAUGAGAGUCUUGCCCUUUGAAGCAGAAGUGAGCUAGUGCAUUCUGGAGAAGGAAGUGCUGAUGAGUGGCUUCCUCCACAAAAAGAGGGGGGAUUUAAGAAGAAAAGGAAUUCAACAAGGGGUUUGGUGUUCGUGAAUACUGAUCUACACAAUAAAGCUGUUUUUCACAAAUA